AUGUCUCUAUCGGAUAUUCACCCUCGCAAAAGGGCAUCAGAAGAUGAUAAUGGUACAAACAAAAGAUUCAGACAAUCAGACACUCAUGAUGACACUAAGAAAACUGAAACCGCUUCACAAGACAUUGAGCUAAUCUUACCGAGGCAGGUGAAUACGCAUCCUGCGAAGAUCCCAGAUCGCAAACGUCACAUUCAAACAAUAUCCAGUAUAAUCAAACGGAAGCAGCCGUUUGAGAAAACGCCGAACUUGAGGGCAAUUGAAAUCGAAUACGAGAUAGCCAAAACCACUACGCAUAUAACCUAUGCCUCGACAUUGAGAAAUGCAAUUUACAAACUCCAACAUCCGGAAAAGUUCCAACUGGGUGCCCAAACCAAGAAACAUUCCAAAGACGAUGUGUUGAAGUUAUUGAAAUCUAUAGAAAUCCCCAUUUCAAAGUUGAGACAGUAUGGAUUUGUCAUGUCAGUGCCCGAAGCUUCUCCAUAUACUAAAAUCACGAGAAACUGUCAGCGGUGCGAUACGGAGUUUAAAUUGAGCCAGCAGUUGGAGCCUACAACAUGUGAAUUUCAUUAUGGAAAGAUACGGCGAAACCCGGAUAAUAAAACAAGAUAUUAUGAUUGCUGUUUGGCUCCAAAAGAUGACAGCAGAGAUAUCAAGCCUUGCGAAAGUCGCAAAUAUCACGUUUAUCAGAACCUGAGCGUGGAGGAGAAACAAAGCCUUCGCUCUUUUGUGAAAACUGACGAGAUCUUUGAUCAAAGAGGGAAAUAUCGAGUAUUGGGAAUUGAUUGCGAAAUGGGGUACACCACGUGCGGAUUUGAAUUGAUGAGAGUUACUGCUGUGGACUACUUCACUUUAAAGACAGUCAUGGACACUCAUGUUCUCCCUUUUGGAGAAGUUGUAGAUUUCAACACGCGGUUCUCGGGUAUAUCUUCAAUCGAUGGCAGUUUUGUUAGUUUUAAUCAAAUGAUACAAGAACUAGGGAUGGUUAUGGAUAAGGAUACGAUUUUGAUUGGGCAUGGGUUGGAGAAUGACAUGAAUGCGUUGCGGUUGGUACAUAAUCAUAUUAUUGAUACGUCAAUUUUGUAUCCAAAGUUUGAGAGUACGCCUACGUCGAGAAAAAGCUUGAAAGACUUGACAUUUAAGUAUUUGAGCAAAAACAUACAAGUUGGUAAUCAUGACAGUGCUGAGGAUUCUAUAGCUGCUAUAGAGAUUGUCAAGUAUCAUAUUGAUCGUAUGGAGGUCGGAAAACACGGAAAUUGA